GUGUACAUAUACCAGUUAUUCCGCAGUUUAGCGUAUAUCCAUUCUCAGGGCGUCUGUCAUCGAGACAUUAAACCUCAGAACCUGUUAGUGGACCCCGAGACUGCUGUCCUCAAGCUCUGUGAUUUCGGCAGCGCAAAGCAGCUCAUCAGGGGAGAGCCCAAUGUCUCCUACAUCUGCUCCCGCUAUUACCGAGCACCAGAGCUGAUAUUCGGAGCAACUGACUACACGUCAAAUAUUGAUGUCUGGUCAGCAGGCUGUGUGCUGGCUGAGCUGCUUCUGGGACAGCCGAUAUUCCCAGGGGACAGCGGAGUGGACCAGCUUGUAGAGAUAAUUAAGGUGCUGGGAACACCCACACGGGAGCAGAUCCGGGAAAUGAAUCCGAACUAUACAGAGUUCAAAUUCCCCCAAAUUAAAGCACACCCCUGGUCAAAGGUUUUCAAAGUUCGGACGCCGCCUGAAGCUAUUGCCCUCUGCAGCCGACUGCUGGAGUACACGCCUGCUCUGCGCCUCUCACCCCUCGAAUCCUGUGCACACCCGUUCUUUGAUGAGUUACGGGAAUCUUCCACACGGCUGCCUAAUGGGCGGCAGCUGCCUGAGCUCUUCAGCUUCUCCCCAGUUG